GAGCGCACCGCAGAUGAAAUAAAGAGCUCAAUUCUCACUGUACUUAUUAAUUUAUCACUAAGUAGAACACGAUCCUCAUGCUUUCUACUUCUUCGCAACCUAUUCGAGUUCGACUCCGCCCCCUCCUUCUCACACUCUCACUCUCGCUGUUGUCUUUUCUCACCCAAUGGAGGGAGCUCUUCCUUCGAAUACCGCCUACUGCGUGAUUUCGGCAGCACUUUCGGCUCUGUUCUGCUGCGUUGCGUUCUGAGUAGUAUGAUAUCGACACGUGCUGUACUGGCUCUAUUUUAUGUGCUUCUGUUCGGCAUAGCCAUCGUCACGUCAGCACCAAAUCGCAUUUUCAUGCGCUUUGGAAAACGGGCCGUCGAUCCAGUCAAUUACCGUUUCCCUCUACCUGGCGAGUACAUCCCAAUCGAGUUGCUCGGAACGUCACGUUUCAUCGAUGGUGACAUGUAG